AUGGCAAGGAGCCGACCUCAGUGGCGUUCAUGCUGCUUCAUGAUGGUGCAUACUCGUCAUGGAUUCCCCAUACUACUUUUUGGCUCACGGAUUUUCCGACGUCUUCCGUUCCUUUUACCUCUCUGCAUUAUCUCGUGGGUGGCCUUGUGCAUUUAUGCGAUCAAACUGCUUUCCGUCGCCCUGUUUCACGACAGUGACAACUCUGAUGCAUCAGCUAUCAGGGACGGUGAGGAGCUGCGUCUUGCUAAGUCGCUAACGAAAAUCAACGAAUGGAAACAUCGUGGCGAUUUUCUUCCAUUCCGUUACACACUGCCACACCAUACCGGAUUCACUUCUCUGCCUGGUGUCACAUUUGCUAUCCUCUUUCCAAAUAGGAGACGUCACCAAAUCGACUCAUAUGAGCCAUCCUACUGCAUUGAGUCGCUUACACGCCUGUUGAGUGCGAUCGAAUAUGACCUUACCACGUACGGUAGACGAUUCUCGUUCAUUAACAUCACUUUGUGCCCCACUGAAGAUCGGUUGGAUGAUUUUUCCGAGCUUAUCGAGGUUACGUCUCUGCUUCCGAAGGGCUCAGUGAAACCGCGGUUACGAUUAAUGGAUAACCUCUCACUGGCUUGUCGCACCGUGCUCGAUUCCGGAAGUUGUCUGCUACAGUCGGCUGUCUCCUCAAACACAAGCUACAUCGUCUUAUUCGAGGAUGAUAUGAUGAUUGAGGAGUACGCUCUGAAUCAGCUGUGGACACUUUUUCAACACUUUAACUCUCAAAAAAAUAUCUCUUCUCCCAAGGCUGGCAGUAGUUCGUCAGAGCACUUCACGCAGCUUCAUAUGUAUUACGAUCAGCUGCAAUUUAGCAUUUACGAUUUCCGGAGCUUACUCGAGCUUUUCGCCUCUGGUGCUUUCUUGACAUUUGUGUCAUUCGGCCUCUGUUUGCGUCGCUGGUAUCGACCCUUCCUUUUUCGCUACAAUUGCCUACUUUUGACCAGUACUUUUUUCGUGUGUACCCUCAUUGCAAGUCUGUUUGGUAGGUCUUGGUGGCUCCUUUUAUGGCACAAAUUGUUCACUUUUCAGUCCAUUUUUGUGUCAGACGAUCCAUCGUCUCAUUCCACCGGUUCCUCAUUUUUACUCUCAGUCCGAUUGGCUCGUGGGUUGGGUCAUUUCCUCCACACUCUCUCCUGCACAGAGCUGGAUCAGUACGAUCCACCUGUCAAAUCCCGAUUGAUCCGUCGAUAUCUAACGACGCAUCACGUCCAAACGUUCGGUACCUUCCCAAAUCUGUUCAAACAUGGUGGCCUCUACUCAUUCUACCGACAGAAUGCGAUCAAUCCUCGUGCCGUGGAGUGGUAUUAAUGGUGAAUGUAUUCCCUGUAAUUGGGCCCCUUCUCUCCAUCGUGUUGUUUGCGUGCAUUGCACGCUCUGGCAGCUUUUCUCACACGAUGCAUUCCACGCUUAUCACUUACACGCAUCACCUGCACUUCCCAUAGCUGCUUAUUUAGGUAUUUAACCUUUCGGCCGGAUGAUGUCAUAUACUUACUUCAAGAAGUCAUUCCUGUCUGUUGGCGUCACUCAGUCACUGCGGAGCAGCCAACGCACAUCAUGUCAAUGGCGGAUGUCUAAGUCCACAUCCGUAUUUUUCUCAAGAUCACUAAUCUUCACUUUAAGACAACGCGCCUCAUGUUCCACAUCACAUGUGGACGGAUUAUUGCGACGUUUUCCAAGUCCUCAAGGAAGUGGCUGCCAUAGCCCACCACAGAUCAAUCGGCGGCUAGCAUGCGCGUUAAGUCAGUAUGCUGCAACACACAUCGACACCACCGAACAAACAAUCUCCGAGCGUUGUACGCAACCGCAGCCAAAUUGAUGGCCAGGUCUGACCACUAUCAUCGGGUUUCGCCCGAAGUGAGGCAUGGCCCAACACUACCGAUAACGUUCCUUUUGGAUGUGAUGUUCGCUGAUACGAGACCGAUUUGUUGUCGCAUAUCUAUACGACCUCACCAAUAGUAUUACUUCUCAGUUGCCAUUGAUCUUUACUGUGUGCUACCUCACUCGGCCCACUUUGUGGCGAAAUUUCCGUGUUUUUUUUGCUGGUAUCCAGUGUGUUGGCCUAAGCCAUGUCUCAGGUUUUUUCGCUAUUCUGGUUCAUAAAAGUGCAUUUACCGC